GUAGUUCGGUUCUAGGGUGUCAACGAUUUUAUCUUAAACCAUACUAAUUCAUAAUAAUAUGAGUAAAUCAAUCACUCACCUGGUUUUGGAUACUGGUGGGAUCAUAUGCUCGAGUUCUCUUUUAAGGAAUUCUGCUGAAAAGUUUUAUACUACACCUCGAGUUAUUCAAGAAAUUCGAGACGAUGUUUCACGUAGAAAUUUUGAGCUUUGGGGCGGUCAAGUCAUCCAGCGAGUUCCUAAGCAAGAAUUUAUAAAAAGAGUUUCUGACUUUGCAAAGCAAACUGGUGAUUUCGCUUCUUUAUCCAUUACUGAUAUUCACAUUCUUGCCCUUACAUACGAACUUGAAUUUGAAUUCAAUGGUGGAGAUUGGAGACUUCGCCAAUAUCCUGGCCAAAAGCGAAUUAACGGUAAACCUCCUGCCGAUCUUAAUAAUGAAGCUCGCGGAAAAGAAAAUUCAUCACCAUCUGAAGAUAAGAAGGAAAAUGAGAAGAAGGACGAGCAAAAUACAGAAUUGGUGAUGGAAUUACAAAAGAAGGCUGAAAAUGAAAAUGGUGCUUCUAAGAGUGAUGAAAAACAAAAGUUAACUGAGGAAGAAGAAGAAGACCGAGAAGAGGAAGAUGAUGGAUGGAUUACCCCUUCCAAUAUUCGUAAGAAGAAGGCUCAAGAUAGUGCUGGUGAAAGUGUCGUUCAACCCUCUCACUUAAAGGUUGCAUGUGCAACCACCGAUUUUGCUAUGCAGAAUGUUAUGUUACAAAUAGGCUUAAACUUGGUUUCUUCGGAUGGACUGAAGAUUCAGAAUGUCAAGCGAUUCGUACUUCGCUGUCAUGGUUGCUUUGCUAUUGUUAAUGACAUGUCGAAAACAUUCUGUCCUUCCUGUGGAGGUGAUACUCUAAUUAAGACCACCUGUAGCAUUAAUUCCAAAGGUGAGUUCCAGGUUCACUUGAAAAAGAAUUUUGAAUGGAAGACCCGUGGUACGAAGUAUGCUAUUCCUAAACCAGUUCAUGGUACCGCAAGUGGCAAGGGUAAGAAAAAUCUCAUCUUGCGUGGAGAUCAACCAGAAUAUCAAAAGGCUGUUCGUUAUAUGCAGCGUAAAAAGGAAGUUGAUCUUAUGGAUCAAGAUUAUUUGCCUUCUUUGUUGACGGGUGCCCCCAAGGAACAUAUGCGCAUCAACGUUGGUGCUGGUAGAAAGAAUCCAAAUGAGGUUCGCAAAACGAGACGUUAAAGUAAAGAGUAUAAUUUGUUUAUUAUAGGUUUUGGAUGUUUAAAGAAAAAGUUUUGGGUACUACUAUGUUAUAUAUGGUGUUUAUACUGGGAUCUUAAUUUUGUUUAGUUGAGGAAAUAAAUAAUAUUUAGGUUUUAUAUGAAAAUAUAUUUCAUCAGAAACUGUAUAGUAAACGG